CAGAAAUUCAAAUGGACACACUUCCAGUGAUGUCUUUUUUUGUGUUGCGAAUUGGUCUGUAGAGGAAUAACGUGAACGGCUAAGGGAAAAAUUUGUCAACAAGAUGGAUCCAGAAGCAUUCUUGGAUAUGGCCAAUCAGGUCAUAAAGCUGAAAAUGUUUCCAUACUUUGACAUUGCACACAGUCUACUUGCUGCACUGGCUGUGAGAGAAGAUCUUGGCUCAAAUGCACAAUCAUUUUCACGAAAACAUCCGCUUGCUUGUUGGCUGUCCACUAUGCUAGUGAUUUUCUCAGGGGGUAUGGUGGCAAAUGCAUUGCUUGGAGAACCUAUAUUAGCGCCUUUGAAAAACACACCCCAAUUAUUGGUCGGAACCGUGGUUUGGUACCUUGUUUUCUACACACCCUUUGACAUUGGCUACAAGUUCGGAAAAUUCCUCCCCAUUAAAGUUGUAGCAAGUGCUAUGAAAGAAAUAUAUCGUGCUAAGAAAGUUUAUGAUGGUGUCUCACAUGCUGCCAAAUUAUAUCCAAAUGCGUGGAUAAUUAUGAUCAUAAUUGGCACUCUGAAAGGCAACGGUGCUGGUUUCACCAAAUUGCUUGAGAGACUGAUUCGCGGUGCCUGGACACCUACAGCUAUGGAAUUUAUGCAGCCUUCAUUCUACACAAAAGCAUCUUUGCUAGCUUCUAUCAUAUUUGUAUUGGAUAAAAAGACAGAUUGGAUUUCAGCACCACAUGCAUUGGUUUAUUUCGGCAUUGUUAUAUUUUUAGUAUAUUUCAAAUUAUCUUCCAUACUGUUGGGCAUACACGAUCCUUUCCUGCCAUUUGAGAACCUCUUUAGUGCUAUCUUCUUUGGUGGAAUUUGGGAUAGCUUAGCAAAGAUUCUGGGACGUGGUCAAGCGAAGGAAGGUGAAGUUAAAGACAGCAAAAAGAGUAACUAAAAUCUAUUUAUCAGUGGCUUUGUCGAAAAUUAAAAGACGUCAUAAAUAUGGCUUGCAUGUAAUACAUCAACUGCAACACAUCGACCUUUUUCCGAGAAGAUGAAACCAAUGCCAUAUGACUUACUCGUUUAAUUUUUGUUUAUUAAUAUUUUAGUUUAAACAUGAUUUAUAAAUCGGUUUUUUUUUGAAUUCCCACAUACUGUGCUCUAGUCAAUUUCAUACCAAAAACAAAAAUCAAACGCUAAGGAACUGAUUUUUGAAACAUAAAGUCAGUCUUGUGAUUGAGCAUCAAGUGGGUGUGUUUGCUCAAUUAUAAAUCUGACUUUGUAGAAAAAGCGUGUACUCAGAUAUUUAUUAAAUGUUUAUUACUAUUACUUUUCUGUUAAAAUAAUUUUUGUAAGAAGUUUUACGGAUCCAUAUAUUUAUGUAUGUCCACUUCGUUUAUAUUUUUGUUAAAUUACAUUAAUUUUACCAUUAUUUAUGUGCCGCAACCUUGCCAAACUAAAUUUGAUAAGCAUUUGCAAAUAUUUCCAGAAUAAUAUCGAGUGCGAAGAAAUUGUAAAGUUUUUAUUUUUGAGUUUAAAUUUCGCACUCAAACAAAUGUAUUUUGUAAAAACAACAAAUAAAGCAAUACCUUUGAGAAACGAUCA